AUGGAGCCAACUUACGUCGUUGGGCAAUCAACAUCGGACCACACCCACGAAAGCCAACCCUCCACUCGAUUUCAUCCCACGCAAGCUUUCACAGAUAGAAUUAUACGAGCUUUAAGCAAUCGUUUACUUUUGCUUUAUAGGUCAGACCCAAACUUUUAUGUAUUAGGUGCAACAAGUAAUGUGUAUGUUGUCAAUGUAUCAACCAGUCUUGUAUGUACGUGCCCUGAUCGCACAACCCCAUGUAAGCACAUUUUGUUUGUGCUUAUCAAAGUCCUUGGGGUCCCCUUAGAUGACACAUGCUUAAGGAGGCGGACGCUAAGGCCUAGUCAAGUGACUCGACUCUUGGCCAAUCCUAGCUCUAUCGACGCCCUUGCAGGCCCUACGCUUCGUGAAAGGUUCCAUCAAGCGUUUUUCCGCCAAAGAGAGCUUCAUGGUCGCGAACACGCCCCUUGUAGUAACGUCGAGGAGGGUGCCACUUGCCCGAUUUGCCUCGAGGAGAUGGGGAAGCAAGGUGAGAAAUUGGUUGCUUGUGGAACAUGUAGGAAUGCACUACAUGAAGAAUGCUUGAUGACUUGGAAAAGGACUCAAAGAAGAAGAUCUAUUAGGUGUGUGAUUUGUAGGUCAAGAUGGAGAAAUAGGGCAGAUCAAGACAAGUAUUUGAACUUGGCUGCUUAUGUCAAUGAAGAUGAUCAUAUGGCUAUUGAAAGAACAAGUAAUAGUAAUAGUACUAGUUGUCAUGAAUUGCAAUGA